AUGACCGUAACCUGGCAAAUCGUCAUGACCAUGGCAGUCUGGCACACGGCACACUCCGCCCCCUCAGCCAACCCCGCCCCUCGACCCAUCACGCCACGCCCCCACAGAGCCCUCGACCCGACCUCCAGUAGCGGCGGCCACAGGUUCUCUCGCGCCCAUUUCGAAUUCACACUCGACCUGUACGGCGCCCUCGUGAAGGAGUCGACGGAGCAGGAAGCCAAUGUUCUUUUCAGUCCCGUGUGCGUGGCGGCGCUUCUCUACCCGCUCCUGCUCAGCGACGACCAGGUGCUCAGUCAGCAGGUGAGGCAGGUCCUGCGAUACUCCAACAUGACCAUCGCCGACAUUCGCGAAGGACACACGACCAUGAUGGACAACUUCGAGGACCCUUACUACCACGGGAGACUCCACGCUCGUCUUCGUGCAGUCCGGGUCCCCUUCAGCCCUUCGUCGCGGGCAGUACAAGGGGCCUGCGCAGGAGGUCGACUUCUUGGGGAACGUCACGGGGGUGCUCAAAGGCAUCGAUCAACGGACGGGCAGGUGGUCGGAGCAGUGACCGAAGCAGUGACUGAGGCAGUGACCGGGGCAGUGACGGAGCAACAGGGUGCUGUAGAAGGCCUGGCCGUAACUAGGCGAGGCAACCGUUUCGAAAUCCUUCUGAAUUUCAUCCGAAGAGGAAUAGAAAAGGAAGGAGUAGAAGUGGGAGAGUGGAGAAUCAACGCGCUGAACGCAGGGCAAGUGUUGACAGAUGAACGGAAGCGAAGGUCGAGGUCAGGUCAGCUCGAAGGAUCAGCGGAUUAUGCGAAGGCUGGCCAUCAUAAGGGGAGACAAGUAGCACAGAUAUCCACCUUCGAGGUAAAGGGAAGACUGAUGUGGAUUAGGUUCGAAGUGCCCAUGAUGGUCGGGAAGCUCGAACUACCAUUAGGAUACUCGCCCGAAAUGGAAGUCCGGAUCCUCGAACUCCCCUACGCAUCCCGCCGUGUCUCGAUGUUUGUGUUGUUACCCGACGACCCCGCCUUCGGCCUCGCUCGGCUGGAGGCGAACUUCACCUCGGACACCGUCAAGGCGCUCUUCUCCACGCUGAAGGACGAGAGGGUCAACCUGCGCCUGCCGAGGUUCCGAGUGGGCGUGUCUCCCCCCGUGCAGGCGGCGCUGCAGUCCCUGGGCCUCCGUCAGGUGUUCCCUCCUGCGGCGCCUUCGGAGGGAGAGUCCCGCCCGCGCCUCGUCCUGCAUGACACCCUCCACAGAUGCACUUUUUCUCCCCGCUCGGUAUCUCUUAUAUCUUAA